AUGGCUUACCAACUCCAGCAAAAGUAAAAGCAACCCAGGGCUUUGAUCCCAAACGAGUCAAGGUCUACGGACCUGGAAUUGAACAAGGUUUUGUCAAUCAACCCAAUGAGUUCACGGUGGAAACGCUGGGCGCCGGUAACGGUGGUCUCGGCCUGUCCAUUGAAGGUCCUACUGAGGCGAAGGUGAAGUGUCUGGACAACCGCAAUGGAACCUGCUCAGUGCAGUAUGUGCCCGAUGAGGGUGGCGACUAUGAUAUUUCAGUACGAUUCGGCGACCAGCACGUGCCUGGAAGUCCGUUUAAGGUGCCUGUGAAGGCUGAAGUGGACGCCUCAAAGGUAACUGCCUCCGGGCCAGGCGUCGAUCCGAACAACUGCCGUGCCGCUGAAGAGCUCACCUUUAAGGUGGACGCCAAGAAGUCGGCCAAGGCGCCUCUCGAUGUUCAGGUGAGCACUGACAAGGGGCCAAUUGCCGAAAAGCCGGUCAUCAAGGACAACGGCAAUGGCACCUAUGAUGUCACCUACAAGCCCCCGCCGGAAGGUAGCCCGUGCAAUGUCAAGGUGACCUAUGGUGGCAAAGAUAUCAAGGGAAGUACUUUCCAGAUGAAGGUGAAGAAGAAGUCUGAGCCGGGCAAUGUGAAGCUUUCUGGUCCAGGCCUCGGCAAAGAGGUGCCCGCCAGUUUGCCCACUGAGUUUACCGUGGACACUAAAAACGCCGGAUUUGGACCACUUGAAGUUGUCAUUGCUAAUCCUAAAGGUCAACCAAUGCGAUACUGGAAAACCGACUACAAGGAUGGAACUUACAAGAUUACGUACGUUCCUGAAGACAUCGGUGAACACAAGGUAACUGUCAAGUUUGACGGACAAGAAGUGGCGCCGCCGUUCACUGUAAACUCAGUCCAGACGGGUGAUGCGGCCAAAUGCGAAAUUGAAGGUGCUCUAAAGGACAAAAUCAACGCCAAUGAGGAGGUGUCAGUGAAGGUGACGGCCAGUGGAGCCGGCAACGGUUCGCUCACCUGCAAAGUGACCCGCGUCUACUCAAAAUCUGAGUCCAAUGAGACGGUGACUGAGCGCACAGAGACGCUGCCUUCCGGUGCAACGAAGAUCAUCCGCGAGACUCGCAGAGAGACAAAGACGCAAACACAACGCGAGAUCCAGGAGAACAUCAACUGCCAGGUGGUGAAGAACAAGGACGGCACCUUCUCGGUGAAGUACAAGGUGAAGGAGCCCGGUGACUACACCAUUGAACUCAAGUACGGCGGUGUGCCCAUCAAGAAUGGCGUCCUCAACUUUACUGUUGCCUAG